GUUUGAUAGCAGUGGAUUGUUUUCUUCGGGACGUCCAAAACAAGGUUAAAAUAUCCAACACAUCUUAUGACAGCAAUCCAAAUCAAGCGGGGAUUUUCAGGGGGGACCCGGGGCUUUAAUUUCCCCACCCAUUUAACCCCUCAGCCGUUGACUAUAUGAUCAAAACGGAGGAAUUCUGCUGUGAGGAAAAGCGCUUGUUGAUGGUGCAUUGUUGUGGUUUGCGAUGUGUCGCUGGCUCGCAGCCUUCUCGGCUAAAAUAUAGACAAAUGAAUCGUUUUCGGCUCGUAUUUCUGCCGAUUGGUGUAGUUUUUCGGAGCUGAUCGUGGAUUUGACACAAAUGAAUCGUGGCCUGGACAAAAUGAGCAGAAAACAGCAUCACUUUAAAGGAGCAGAGGUCAGCUGCUGUGUCAAAUACUUCUUAUUUGGGUUCAACAUCAUAUUUUGGUUGCUGGGAGCUGCAUUCCUGGGUAUUGGACUUUGGGCCUGGGCAGAAAAGGGAGUGCUGUCCAACAUUUCCUCCAUCACAGAUCUGGGCGGCUUCGACCCCGUCUGGCUCUUCAUCGUUGUGGGAGGGGUGAUGUUCAUCCUGGGGUUUGCAGGAUGCAUCGGUGCGCUGCGGGAGAACACUUUCCUGCUUAAAUUUUUUUCAGUGUUUCUGGGCCUCAUCUUCUUCCUGGAGCUCACUGCUGGCAUUUUAGCCUUCGUCUUUAAAGACUGGAUCAAAGACCAGCUGAACUUCUUCAUCAACAACAAUGUUAAAGCAUAUCGGGACGACAUUGACCUCCAGAACCUCAUUGACUUUGCUCAAGAAUAUUGGUCGUGUUGUGGUGCUCAUGGACCGAAUGAUUGGAACCUGAACAUCUAUUUCAACUGCACCGACUUCAACCCGAGCCGGGAAAGGUGUGGUGUUCCCUUCUCCUGUUGCGUCAAAGACCCUGCUGAGGAUGUGCUGAAUACACAGUGUGGAUAUGAUGUGCGGCUUCAAGUGGAGUUGGAUCAGCAGAAGUACAUUUACACCAAAGGCUGCGUGGGACAGUUUGAAAAGUGGCUUCAGGACAAUCUGAUUGUUGUUGCUGGGGUGUUUGUGGGGAUUGCAUUAUUACAGAUCUUUGGCAUCUGUCUGGCUCAGAAUUUGGUGAGUGACAUCAGAGCGGUCAAAGCCAACUGGUGACCCUUUACAGACCAGAGAAAUAACAGUUUACACACCACUGAGCUGCAAAGUUCCUCUCUAUUAACCCUACAGACGCUGUGUGUUAACUCUACAAAAACCCGCUGUCCAUCAAUAUGUCCGUCUUAUAUAUUUUUUAUGUGAAACCAAGCUCUUAUAGAGGCUGGAGAUAGCUGGAGUGAUCUGUGAUCGAACAUGAUUCCCGUUUUCAUCAACCUGUGGACGACGUGCUUAUAGAGAAACACACAAAUCAACCACUGAGACUUGAAGCGGAGCAGCCAUGAACCUAAAACAAAGCCUUACAGCAGUGUGUGUGUGUGUUUCUCUGUAUGCUUCAGCUUUUUAUAGUGACUCUAGCUUCUGAUUGGCUCUCUGUUGCGCAGGGCGUCCAAUCAGAACGACGUACUUGAUAAUAAUGACAUGUAAUGCAUUUAUUUUGUGUGCGUUCGGUUCUACCACUACUGUUGCCGAGCGUGUUGUUUGUCUGUAUAGAUUUUUUUGGUCGAGAGCGUAAAAAAAAUCCACUAUUUCCGCUUCUGAAUCUUUUCCGUCUUCGCUAAUCUGCUAGAUAGAUAGCUGUAGUGACACUAAUGAUGUAUUAUUAUAAUCAUGAUGCUGCUUUGAGUCAUAGAUGAUAAUAUACAUCGCUAUACUAACCAACUGUACUUUUGUUUGCGUAUGAUCAUGCCUUAUUGAGCCCUACAGAGAUGGUAGCAGAAGCCGUUUCACAGCACAUGAAGCUUUUAUUUUGUUCCCCGGUCUGCGUCAUUUGCAUGCGAUCAUCUGUAAAGAAUGACAUGCACGGCAAUGCAGGCCUAUUUAAACACACGCACAUAUUUAGAUGCAUAUGUGUGUGUUCUUAACAGUGCAUUUCACAUGCAUUGAGUCAUGAGCUACCACUGAUAAUGUGCAAAGAUUAAGGAUGUCCUGUGUAUUUAAUCAUUUGUACUCUGAUUUUGAGGCUCUUUAUAACCUGUGUUAGCAUCAGAGCGAAUGCUGAAAUGUGGGAUUUCUCUCCUGUGGUGUUUUCUGGAGGAGUUCGCUGACUCCUGCUGGUGUAAAUAGGUAAAGCGGAUGAGAUUAUAUGCUGAAGAAGAUGUUUAGACCACUUUUUGUGUGCAACCAAAUGGGUGACUUCUCAUAAAAUGCAGCAGGGUUGCAUUUCAUUGAGAAAAAAUUAUUAAAAGUAUAGCUAGUUAGUGAAAGUGAAGCACGUUUAGCCUCAAAUUCUGAUUACCAUAAAGAAAAAAUUGCAUAUAUAGAAAUUAUGAAGCGAUCACUUGGGAAUUGUGAGGUUUUCAGGAUUUACUGAGUGUGUUUGAUUAAAUUAUUUAGUUUUUUAUUCUGUAAAGGUCAGAUUAAUGUUUCUUUCAAAGUUUAAAUAAGGAAUAAUUGGUUUAAAUCUUAUAAAAAUUAAACAAGAUAUAAGUAAACAAGUAAAUAAACGAGGUGAAAUUCAGAGUUGUUAAAUUAUGUUGUCAUGAAUUGAAUAUAAACAUCUGAAAUGAUGCUCCAAAUGACAAGGGUUGAAUUUGCAAAAAAUAUGCAAUAUUUCUAUAAUAAGAAAUAUAUAUAUAUAUAUAUAUAUAUAUAUAUAUAUAUAUAUAUAUAUAUAUAUAUAUAUAUAUAUAUAUAUAUUACUUAAUAAAUACAUACAUAAAUACAUAAAUAUAAAUUAUAAAUGUCAUAAAAGUAGCAAACAUGUCUAAAAUUAUGUUCUAAAUGACAACAUUUUGAAUUUGCAAGAAAUAUUAUUCGGAGUUUUGCAGGAGUUUCACUUUAGCACAUAAUUGUUAUGCAUAAAUCCUGAGAAACUGGAUUAAUUUGAAUGUUUUGUUUUCUCCUAGCUGUAUAUAUUUAUAUAUUUAAACUGUAAUAAAAGUGCACUGCCUCUAAUUCAUUUAAAAAAUAAUUAAAUCACCGUAGUGCAAAUAUGUAUUAAUGUGCUAGGAACUUAAUUAUUCAGAUUAAUAGAGAAUUAAAAUCAUCACUAUUUUUAUUUUUUACUUUUAUAAAGGUCUGAUUAAUGUUAUAAAAAAUUUAAAACACUUAAUGAAAAAAAGUCAACAUAAAAACUUGAUGAAAAUAAGGAUUAUUAUCACUUUAUUGCUAAAUUAUUCCGUUGUCAUGAAUUAAAUAUAAACAUGUCUGUAAUGUUGCUCUAAAUGACGAUGCUUUGAAUUUGCAGAAAUAUGAUUAGGAGUUUACAGAACUUUUUUUUUUUUUACCUAUCCACAUAAAUAUAAAUCAUAAACAUAAAUCCAUAAUCAUAAAUCUAGAGAAACUGAGAAUUUCUAAGUGGUCUUUUGAAUCUUUUUUAAUUUUUUAUUAGCUAUAAUAAAAGUGCACUGCCUUUAAUUAAUUGAAAAAUAUUAAUAUCACUGUAGUGUAAAGCAAUAUGUAUUAAAGUGCCAGGAACGUAUUAAUCCAGCUUAAUGAGAAUUAAAAUGCAUAAUUUAUUUUUAUUUUAUAUUCUUUAAAGGUCUGAUUAAUGUUUUUUCCAAUUUUUAAAUAAUUAAAAAUUGGCCCAAAUGUUAAAAAAUAAAUCAAGAUUUAAACAUAAAAACAUAUUCCACUAAAUUGUCUUAUAUUGAAUAUAAACAUGUCUGAAAUUUUGCUCUAAAUGACAACAUUUUGAAUUUGCAAGAAAUAUGAUCAGAAACAAAAAUAGAUAUUUUCUUUUGCUUAAGCACAUAAUUAUAAAUCAUAAAUUCAGAGAAACUGAGAAUUUCCAAGUGGUCCAUUGAUUGUUUUUUUUCUCCUCUUAUAGAUGCUUAUAUUUAUACAUUUGAACCAUAAUAAAAGUGCACUGCCUUUAACUAAUUACAAAAUAAUUAUAUCACUGUAGUGCAAAUAUGUAUUAAGGUUCUUUGAACUUAAUUAUUCAGCUUAAUAGGAAUUUAAAUCCAUAGUUUUUUUUUUAUUCAAUGAAGAUUUGUUUAUCGUUUCUUCCAAAUUUGAAAUAAUUAAUAAUUAGUUUGAAUCUUAUAACAAUAAAACGAGAUGUAGACAUAAAACUUGAAAAUAAGGAUUAUUUCAUUCAAUAUUGCUAAAUUUUUGUGUUGUCUUAAAAUCAAUAAACAUGUCUGAAAUUAUGUUACAGAAUGUGCAGGAUAAUGUAUAUCACUGUAAAACUUUCACAUUAGUUAAACUUACAAACCCAAGUUCACCACCUGCCUUGAAAAUGUGAGUCAACUCAACCUAAAGAGAUUUCAACUUAAGAUGUUGCGUUUUAGGUAAAUAUAUUGUGAAUUUUAACAUCUUAAGUGAAAACAAAGAAUCUCUCUCUAAGCUGAGUUGACUCACAUUUACAAGGCAGCUCGUGAACUUGAGUUUGUAAGUUUAACCAGUGUGAAACGUUUUACAUGUCACAAAUUUAUAAAUAAGAAACUGAAAAGUGGUCACUUUACUAUAGUGAAUAUAUCACUAUUCCACUAUAGGUGUAUACAUUUAUAUAUUUAAACUAAUAAAAUAAGAGUAAUAAAGAUAAUAAAAGGGCACUUCCUUUAAUUAAUUUCAAUAUAAAUAUAGUACCGUAGUGCAGCAACAACAAAAAUAAUUGACAAAAUUAAUUCAGCUUAAUUAGAAUUUAAAAUGAUGUAUAGUAUAAUAUAUAUUUAAUAAAAAAAGAAUAAAAUGGUAAUGAGAAUUUAGGAAAAAAUGUGUGUGAAAUGCAACCUGAAGAUGUUUUUGUGAGAUUUACCCAAAUAUUUGUAUGUUUUUUAUAUAUAUAUCUUUCUUUGAUUUCAAUUGCCUUCUUUUGUUUCUGCACAAAGACUCUUAACAUUCCCUUUUAGGGCCUCUUGCAUAUCAUGAAUGUAAAGAUAAACUCUCACUAAUGUUGUGUCAUAUAUAUAUAUAUAUAAAUAACCUUCCCUUCAAAGUGCAAUGCACAGACAUAUGUGAAUAAAAUGUAUGUUUGUCCGCCUGUAGGCACACAGCUGAAAACAUGGACUGUGCAGUGAAUCAGACAUUCCUCUUGCAUGCAUCGGCUUUAUUUCUGCGUUGUUGUUUUUUUCUUUCUCUGCUGGUUCAACAGAAGCAGUUUUGAUGCAUUGAGCCUUUUUUUGCUGGCUGUUUUCUCUGCCAGCUGUGGACGUUUGUACGUUUACAGUCAUUGGAAAUGUUUAAGCACAGUUUUGUCUAGAGCUGGAGUUUAUGAUGCGAUUGUGAACGCAGUUUGUUGAUUAUCCUGACGUCACUCUUGUCACUUUUAAUGCGCUUUUUAAUUUGCUAAAGUUUAUGUGCAUAUACAAAUCUAUAUUUUUGGUUUUGUAUACAUUCCCAUACUAAUUAUCAAAGUGUCUUCACAGAAAUGUUUGGAUUCUACCUCAUCAUGGAGAAAUGACUUUAUUGGUGGUCGUUAUUUGGGGAGUCAGAACUCUUAUGCAGCAGCCAUGAACAUUGUCAGAACAAAAAUACAUGUAGAAAUAAAGCAUUUUGGAUACUGAA